AUGACAGGAAAAGCCAAAGCCAGCCUUGGAGACAGCGCUAAGUCAGUGUAUUACCCAACUUUGUUGAGACAUGACAGUGGCCAAGAUACUGCCUCUUCAUCUGUUUUCAUCCUUCCCAAUUUUGCACUUGACAAAGUUAUGCUUGUCGAAAUGCCAGAAAAAGCAGAAACCAGCCUGGAAAACAGCUGUCAGACGGUGUAUUACCAAACUUCAUUGGGAAAUGACACUGGCCCAGAUCCUGCCUCUUCAUUUCAAUCCGUCCCACCCAGUUUCAAAAUGAUGGGCAAAGAAGAAACCAGCCUGGAAAAUAACACUAAGAUGACAAAUUGCCCACCUGUAUUGGAAAAUGACAGUGGUCAAGAUACUUCAGCAUAUUUCUUCAUCCCUUCCAGUUUUGAAAUAUUGGUAAAAGCAGAAAAUGUCAUGGAAAACAGAUCUUACUCAACUAUAUUGGAAAAUGACAAUAGCCAAGAUUCUAGCUCAUCAUCUUUCUGCAUCCGGUCCAAUUUUGGGUAUCUCGGUGAUCCAAAAAGGAAUGUCGGGGUGUUUGAUGCUCAUUUGCUGACUGCACAAAGGAAGGCUAAUCCUAGGCAUGCAUUCUGCUACCUGAUUCAUAUUUUGUUCUCCAAGGAGAUUCUGAUGGACGGCUGGGUAGGUGUCAAUUCCCAAGGCCUCCGACCUCUAGAUGCAAACAAAAUGGCUGCAUUAAGAGAACAUCUGCAAUCAGUUUUUCCCGACUAUGAUUUGCGUGAAUAUGGAAAUUACUGGCAAACCUGUAUUGCCGAUAUCAAUUCUCUGAUCAGCUGUUUGCGUUCUGAAGCCAACACAAUACGACAGAAAGCUCGUGACAACAGUAAAGGCCCUACCAAUCCUGAUACACCAGUGGCUGCAGAUUUGAACGGUACGAGGUAUGGUAAAGGCAGUGAAAGCAGUUCCCAGUUAUCUCAGCAAGCAGCUGCCUCAGAAACAAGAGGAAAUGGGAAUUCUCAGCAGAACAGCAGCGCUUGCCCCAAAGGAAUUAAAGAACAUUCCACUGAUAAUUCAUUGGUAUCUUACGAAGCAUUGGAAUAUCUUGGAAAUCCAGAUAGAAAUAUCCGGUUGCCGCAUUCAGUGCUAAGUAUGGCAAAAGUGAAGUCUCGCCCAGAGCUGUCAGCCAUAUACUUAAUUCACAACCUGUUCACAGAGGAAGUCCUGAUAAGAAGUAACAUCUAUGGCAGUUUUGGGCAUGGUUUGUAUGCCCUUAAUCCGAAUAGGAUUAACGCUCUUCGAGAAUUUCUUGGAGAUGCCUACCCAACCUGCGAUCUGUCAGAAAGUGGAUAUGACUGGAAGUUGUGUGUGACAGCUAUCAAUAGUUGUAUCCGUAGUCUUAGAUGUGACUUCAAGAAGUCCACAUCCAAAGCAUAGCCGCUUCCAGCAACAAACCCUUUAACAGAGUCAGAGCCAAGAGAUAUUGACUGACUGAAGUACUUGAAUGUCAGCCAUUCUAAUUCUACAUUUUUUUUUACUGCUGUAUCAUCCUGUAAGUUUCUCAAGUUAUAAUUCCAAAAUUAGCUUGUUGUAGUGGCAGUGUAGUUCUGCAUUCACAACCAAAGAAAUAUCCAGUGUUCUUUUUCUGCCCACAUAGAAUUGCAUUAGGAAGAAUUGCGUUAGGAAGAUGUGUAAUGUUUCAUCUCAUGAACAAAGUGAUGGGCGGCAUUCCGAUAAGAACCUCUAAUUAAGGGAAUGGUAGUAAACUCCUGAAGGUUGUUUUCACUGCUGUUUUAAUAUAGAAUGAGAAUAGCACAUUUAGCUCUUAGUGACAGAGGAAAUCUGAGCACCAGUGACACAGUGGUAAGGUAGAGAGCCAUAGUUGGAUAGGCAAACCAUAAUGCCAAGUGUAGGAAUUUGUAGGUAGUGGAUAUUCAAUAUUUGUCAAGUGAAUCGUCACUGUAGAUCUUACGCCUGAGCUCCACUGACUCAGCAGGGAGGUAUGGUUUGCACAUAACCAAAUCUCCAAUGUUGGUUUUCUUAUACAUCCAUCCAUAGGGGAUUCAUAGGAUUGGCAUCUCAUUGUUUGACCCAAGCUUUCCAGACAUGAGACCUAUGUUUUUUGACUUACUCCUGAUUAAAAAACAGCAUUCUUCUAAUUACCUCCAGUUAAUAUUUUAUCACAGCAGUUUUCUAAGAGUCAACAUAGAAAAUCCUAUCAGGUGGCUUUUUGGUUCCAUUGAAGUAAUUUAAAUUUAAGAAUAUAUCACUAUGAAUAAAAAGAAUCUGACCAGAUUAAGACACUAACAUUUUUGUUGUUGUUUCUGAAAUGUCUGGGUGAAGGUUUAUAAACAGACCGUGUUUUUCUGAUUGAUUUUACUAUUGAAAUGCAUACAAAUUUAAAUCUUACAGUGUUUAAAUGAAAAAAAAAUUGAUCAGAGAUUCAAUUAGAAAAAAGUGAUCUUAAAGGAUAUUGGCAAGAAUAUUGGAGAAUGAAAAAAAAUUCCAUUUUGCUCAUGAGUAGGAUUUUAUUUUUAGCUUAAGCACUUUAAAGUUCUUGAAUGUGUGAGCCAUAGAAAUACUGUAUAAUUUCAUUGUUUGAUCAUUUAUGUUUAAGAAACAUUUUGUCAAAAAAGAGAAAUAUUCCGUUAGUUAUAAUGCCAUCUUUUAGCUUUCAACCUAUCAAAUGGUCUUCAGUUACAUUCAUUUUAUAGCAUCUUUAGUUAUUGUUAAGAAGCAAAUUUUUUUCCUUGUGGGAGUUCACUCUUUAUCUGCAGUCAUU